AUGGAACACACACUAUUUGGCUGCCUGCGCAGCCCUCAUGCCACCUCUCAGGGCUUACAUCCCUUUGCCCAGUCUUCUCUUGCCCUCCAUGGAAGAUCCGACCAUAUGUCCUAUCCUGAUUUAUCCUCGUCUUCGUCCUCUUGCAUAUUAACUGGCUAUCCCAAUGAGGAGGGCAUGUUUGGGAGUCAGCAUCACAGAGGACAUCAUCAUCACCAUCACCACCAUCAUCAUCAUCACCAGCAACAGCAGCACCAGACCUUGCAAUCAAAUUGGCACAUUCCUCAGAUGUCAUCUCCUCCUGCCUCUACCAGACAUAGCCUUUGCCUUCAGCAGGACUCGGGACCUCCAGAUCUAAGUGGCAGCCCCUCUAUUUUGUGUUCAAACACAUCUAGCCUGGGCACUAACAACUCAACGGGUGCAGCUUGUGUGACAGGGGACUAUGGCAGACAGAGCCUCUCCCCUGCAGAAGCAGAAAAGAGGACUGGUAAAAGAAAAAGUGACAGUUCAGAUUCCCAAGAAGGAAGCUACAAGUCAGAUGUGAACAGUAAACCUCGGAAGGAAAGAACAGCAUUUACAAAAGAACAAAUUAGAGAGUUAGAAGCUGAAUUUGCUCACCACAACUACCUGACAAGAUUGAGAAGAUAUGAGAUAGCAGUGAACUUGGAUCUUACAGAAAGACAGGUCAAAGUUUGGUUCCAAAACCGAAGAAUGAAAUGGAAGCGAGUAAAAGGGGGCCAACAAGGAGCUGCCGCUAGAGAAAAGGAACUGGUGAAUGUAAAAAAAGGAACUCUUCUACCUUCUGAGCUUUCUGGGAUCAGAUCAAAUAGCCUUCAGCAUACAGCUGACUCAUUAACCAAUGAUGAUAGCCACGAUAGUGAUCAAAGCUCUGAACAUGCACAUUUGUGAUUCCAAAAAAAUAAAAGACUUUCAAGCAGUUUUGUUCUCAGGAAGAAAUUGCUACAUGGCAAGACUUAUUCAAACAAUGUCGAUGUACACAGAUAUUCUGCUGAACGAAUCUGUUUGUAUUUUUCUUUUUGAAGAGUUUACUUAAACACCACACUAAUGUCUUAAAAAACAUGAUUAUGAAGAAGGGAAAACUGGUUUGGAACAUUCCAAUAAUUAAAUGAUUACAAAACUGAUGACUAUGGGCAGGUAUACUUGCUUAAGCUUGCACUGACGUUUACUCAGAAAACAGUUUACUUAAUACAAAGAUAGUUUUCAGUUUCAAAAAGGCAGUGAUAAAAACCCGCUAUUUUAUAUGCAAAACUAAAACAAACCAAAAAAAAA